AUGAACUAUAUCUCAAGUGAUGUGCCGGAUUUUUUGCAUUGUAUUGUGUUUUCCAUUUUAUGCAAUAAGAAUUUUUUAGUAUAUAAUAUUCCUAAAGCGAGACUAAGUCCAGAGAAACAAUCAAGAGACGAAUCAGGUAAUAACCAGGAUGAGAAGAACAUCAGCUCAACAGAGUUAGACAGAAGUAACGAUUAUGCGCUAAGUUAUAUUUUAAAUUAUUUAGAAAAUUUACCCCUUAGAAAUGAUUCCCUGGCCGAUAGUAAUGGUACUACCAGCCCAAAUUAUUAUAUAGUACACGAUUUCGAUUCUUUACCCCCUUUAAGUGCUUUAAACUGGAAAUCGGAAGAAACUAAUAAUAAUAGCAACAACAUAUUGGUCGAUUCAAUUGAUAACACUAUUGGAAACCCUUACAAAAUUGGUGAGAAAACAUCUUUUGAAGAUACAAAGAUAGACUACAAGUUCAUAGUAAUAUCACAUUUGCAAAAAUUUACAAACAUACAAAUGAACCGUUUAGCUCAUUACCUACAGAAAUUAAAGAGAAUAAACGAAUUACCCGAAUCUCAAACUAAAUAUAUUACAAUUGGGAUUGUUAAUUAUGAAAACGAAUCCAUAAAAUUUAAAGUGAUAUCCACCCCUUUUUUACACAAACAAUUUUGGCUAUAUUGCUUGUUAUUAGAAGAAGGCUCCUUUAAAAUCACACACAGUCAUUUCCCCCCACCUGUAUUAUUCAAAAAAUAUCAAAAUGCACUUCUAUCAUCCUUUAAUAACAAUGACAAACAUAUAGUUAGAUUCAACCCUAACUUGAGACAGUAUAUUUUGGACAUCAUAAUACAUUUACGGAUGCAUCGGUUUAAUGUCCAAGGUAAAGGAGGCGGUUGCUCCACAAAAUUUGUGUCAGACGUGAUAUUGUUGAGCCAAUGCCUAGCACUAUUUCUCGGAAACACCUACAAUUCUCGAAAUUACAAUGAAACUUUUGAUUUAUUAGUUACACCAGAUAUUAUUAAAAUUGCAUGUUUAUGGUACCUACCGUUCCAUUUGAAAACUUCUUUAGCAGCAACUGCAUUUUCCCAAAACGAUAAGAUUGCAAGCAUAUUUAUGACACGGGCUAAUAUUAGUAGCAGUACAGAUAGUAGCUAUAGUAGUAGCAGGACUAAUAAUGAUAGUAAUAAUAGCAGUGCUGGAAAUUAUAUAAGUAAUGACACAGAGGAGGAUGUUCUAUUGACACAUGACUUAGGUCCCCCAUUGUCCUCCUAUGACAUAUUAUUAGACCCCUCCAUUGCUUAUGGAACAGAUUUAGAAAUCAUCAAUGAUUUGGUAAUAAAGUUUCAUCAUUUGGAAUUAAAUGUAUUAAGUAAUAAUUAUAAGCUUAUUCGGAAAAGACGUCCACAUCAUUAUCAUCAUGCUGGUGGUAGAAGUAAUAAUUCUGCACAAGAGACGACAAGCUUAGUAGCUGAAACAUUUUUUUUUUUCGAACGUUUAAUUGUAAGUGAUGUGUUAAAUAAUGUGGUUCCGCCACUUUAA